AAAUGACGUCACGUAUGUGCCAAAAUACAACAUGUGGAAAUGUGUAGCUGAGUUUAGCAGCCUUAGUUUGUUGUUUUAGUUUGACUUUCUGUCUGAGUUUGACUAUCUGAGCGAUGACACGCUUUGAAAAGGUUUAGUUUUCCGUGACUUUAUAAAGCGAAGCGUUUUAAUUGGCUGCUAAAUGCCGCCGGUUAGCUCCGUGCUAACAGCAGCGGCUAGUUGACGUUAGCAGCCGGACUUCAGUCAGCUCUGCACGGAUGGCCGAAGACAGCGUGAAAAGUGAGGCUCCGGCCCAGCAGAAGAAUGAAAACGGAGAGAAUAAAAGCAGUCAGAAGGCUGUGAGCAGCAACGGAGAAGCUGAGAACCAAACUCUGUCCAAGAGGCAAAGAAAGAAGCUUCUGAAGCAGCAGAAGUGGGAAGACGAGAGGGAGCUCCGAAAGCAGAGACGAAAGGAGAGGAAGCAGCAGCGUCGGCUCCAGAGGCAGGACGAUGAGGGAGGAGACGGCCAGAGUUUUAGGAAACGUCCACGCAGAGAGGUGACGCCGAGCUCUCUGAGGAUGGUGGUGGACUGCAGCUUUGAUGAUCUCAUGCUGAUCAAGGAUGUCCGGAAGCUUCACAAACAGAUCCAGCGGUGCUACGCUGAGAACCGACGAGCCUUACAUCCGGUGCAGUUUUAUCUCACUAGUCUGGGAGGGCAGCUGAAGCAGAGCAUGGAUGAAAAGGAUAAAGGAUGGGUCAACUGGAAGGAUAUCAGCAUUAAAACAGAACACUACUCUGAAGUUGUGGCCAAAGAGGACUUGGUGUAUCUGACCUCAGACUCUCCCAACGUGCUGGAGGAGCUGGACCAAAAGAAGGCCUACGUGAUCGGAGGUCUGGUGGACCACAACCACCACAAGGGAAUCACCUUCGAGAGGGCGAAGGAGCUCGGCAUCGAACACGCACAGCUUCCUCUGAGCAGCUUCAUCAAAAUGAACAGUCGGAAGGUUCUGGCAGUGAACCACGUGUUUGAGAUCAUCCUGGCCUAUCUGGAGAAGGGCAGCUGGCAGGAGGCCUUCGUCACCGUCCUGCCUCAGAGGAAAGGAGCUGUGGCCGUGGACCAGGACGGAACCAACGCUCAGGAGAAAGAGGAGGAAGACUCGGAUUCUGACUCUGAACCCGACGCCACAGAGCAACUGGAGAAAAGAGCUUAACAAACAAAUGGACAACUCCCAUAGCUCAUGCUGUGGGAAAAUAGUCAGAUAUAUCGAUGCUACAGCUGUGUUUGAAACAGCAAAAUUUCAGUUUAUGACCGUUUCAGACUUUUAGUUUUUUACUAGAUAUUUAUUGAAAUAUUUGACUCAUAAGUUAAUUUGACUGCUGAUGAAUGUUUUGCUUCAUAUGGUUGUUUUUACAUCCAGCAGCAUCAUUUUUACGGAUUUUUUUUUGUUUGGAGCUGAAGUUGAAGUUGUGCCAAAUGGAGUUCUAAGAAUAUAAAGACAAUGUUUAACUAUAUUUGUUCCUGAGACAUUGUGGGAUUUUGAGACACAACAUUAAAAAAGAAGAAAGUUGA